UCCUCUCCAACCAUCUCCUUUCUCUUGCCGCCUUUAGGACAUCGGACAGCUCCUGCACAGCUGUGAGAUGAUGAAGUUCCACCCCCCAGCCGAGAUUUCCUCCGAUCUGGAGCGGAGCCUCGAGGAUUUUGUGCAGAGGAAUAUCCGGGUGAGGAGCACCUUGAGGAGGUGCCAAGACAGCCUCAUGUUCCUGCUGCAGGAGCCGGCCGAUGUCACCCUGGACCCGUGCACGGCUCACCCCAACCUGCACCUGUCUGAGGACGGCAAAGAAGCGCGGGGGCAGCUCCUGCCCAGGGCCGUCCCCAACCGCCCCGAGCGCUUCGACUUCGAGCCCUGCGUGCUGGGGCGGGGCGGCUUCGCCUCGGGGCGGCAUUUUUGGGAGGUGGAGGUGGGGCAGGGCGGGGUCUGGGGGCUGGGCGUGGUGCGCGAGUUGGCGCGCAGGAAGGGCCCCCUGAGCCUCAGCCCCAAGGAAGGGGUUUGGGCGCUGGAGGCUUUUCAUUCCCUGACCUCGCCCCGCGCCAACCUCCGCCUGCACCCCCUGCCCCGCCGCCUCCGCGUCUCGCUGGACUACGAGGGGCGCCGGGUGGCUUUUUUCAGCGCCGGCGACGACAUUCCCAUCCUGGAAUACASCCCGGCCGCCUUCAACGGGGAGAGGGUGCUGCCCUGGUUCAAGCUCGGGMUGGGGGCGCGGCUGCGGGAGGUGACGCGGAGCCCGCGCUGCGAGGAGCGGGCGGUGGYCGCGGCCCCUCUGGACUGGGUGGGAUUCGGGUGCUCUUUGCGGAUCUGCCCCUAAGGAGCUCUCGGGAUGUGCCCGAGCGGGAAUUCGCCGCCCCUCUGUGUCCGUCGGGAGCUCUGGGACGGCCCCRGGGAUCGGCCGAGGGCCGGGAGGAGCCUUGGGGUGCGCACCCCUUUCAGCGUGUGGGGUUUUUACAUUGUGGAGCCCUCGGCGGGAUGAAUCCUCCCGAUUUCUCUCUU